AUGGACAUGCUUGGGAAUGCAGCCUCGGUGGCUCAACUCGUCGGGACUGUGGGCAGGCUCAUCUCCAAGAUCAUUGAUGCGGCGAGGACGGCGCGCCAGAACAAGCGGGAGUGCGUGUACCUCACGGUCCGCCUGUCCAUCAUCGGCGAGGUGCUGCCUCGCCUGCCGCAGGACGCCAAGGUGAAGCGGUCGCUCACGGAGCUGGGCAAGACGCUGGGCGAGGCGCACGAGCUGGUCCUCGACUGCCAGAACUGGAGCACCGCCCGGCAGCUCAUCGGGGCCCGCCGCCAUGCCGACAGCUUGAAGGAGGUCAACGGCAGGAUCGACUCCCACAUCAACCUCCUCAACUUGGUCUUUAACACCACCGCCGGCGGCACCCCUCCCAACCACACGGAUACGGCGACAGUGUCGUCGCCGGGCUCCUCCUCGGGUCCUGCUGCCCCCGUGAGGCUCACGUGGGCGCAAAUUGCAGCGGCGACCGAUUACUUCGCCGACGAACUCAGCCGACGCAGCUCCGAGGUGCUGUACAAGGGCCGUCUCCGCGACGGCACGGAGACGGAGGUGGCCGUGAAGGUGCUUAUCAAGAACGGGCGGCAGGACGUGGAGGGCGCGGUCGUGACGGAGGUCGAGAUCCUCUCCCCCCUCCGCCACCCACACAUCGUGCGACUCGUCGGCUGGUGCUCCGAGGAGGAGGACCGCAUCAUCGUCUACCUCCACGAGCAUACGAGCAACGGCACGCUCAGAGACCACCUGCUGCGCCUGCGCGUGCGCGUGCGCGUUCGAGCGCGCCUGAGGGGCCGCUCUAGCUUUAGGUCGUCGCCGGUGAGGUCGACCUGGAAGAUGCGCGUCGAGGUGCUGCUGGGCACAUCGCGGGCCAUGGAGCACUUGCACCGUUUCGGAGUUAUCCACCGCAACGUGACCUCGUUCAACAUCCUGCUGGACGGCAGCUGGACGCCGCGCCUGUCCGGCUUCGGCCAAGCGAUCUUGCUGCCGGCGGCCGGAGACCAGGUCGAGACUGAGGUCGUCGGCACGCCUGGUUACGUCGACCCGGAGUACAGCCGCACUGGGUGUGUGAGCGCGGCGAGCGAUGUGUACAGCUUCGGGAUGGUGAUACUAGAGACGCUGACGGGGGAGGAUGCCGCCACCAUGCAGAUGGACUCGGUGCUCCUGGCCAUACGCAACAGGAAGCUACGGGAUGUGCUGGUCCGGCGCCCCGCGGCGACGCCCCGGCAGCUGCAGGCGCUGGAGCUCGUGGCGCACACGGCGGAGUGCUGCCUGUUUCCACAUGGGAACGACCGGCCUGCCAUGUCGAACGUUGUGACCAACCUCGAGAGGUCGAUGGCGAUCAUAAAUACUAAGCAGUCAGAAAUGAGCUGA